UUGCUUGCACGAUAUUUGUUCUCUUGCUGUGUUGUGGUCUUUCUUGCAAAAUGCUAUGCCACCAGCUGUAACCAAACCAUAACACUCAUUUCACUUCAUUUUCCUCCUCCCCAAAAUCUCCCCUUCUUUUCUUUCCUUUCUCUUUUCUGUUCCAAAUCCCAUUCCUCCUCAAGAAAAUUAUGCCCAAAACCACUUUCAAACACCUUCUAAAUUUAACACCUUCUUCACAGUUCAGUACCUCCCUAACCACUUCAUUCAUGAGAAGCUAAUCCCAAAAUCGUGCAGAAAAGAAAGUUGCAAUCUUUACUCCUUUUUUUCAAUAAUUCUUCCCCAACUUUUGUGAGGGAAAAAAAGAAAGAGAAUAUGUCUGCUGCUGUUAGUGGGGCUCUCUUCCCCAUUCUAUUCCUAGCAUUCUUUAUAACUUUCAAUGGAGACAGAAUUUCCCAUGCAAAUGGGAUAGUGAAGGAGUUGAUAGGAAAUGGUAGUAUGGUGGCAGCAAAGCCUGAAAUGGUGCCACUAAUUGAGGAGAAGAUGAUGUUGGUCAUGCUAAAUGAGAGUAGGAGGAAACUUGGCAGCUUUCAGAUUUGUUCACUUUGCACUUGCUGUGGUGGGGCCAAAGGCUACUGCUUACCCUCUCCUUGUUGCUAUGCCAUCAAUUGCAACAUCCCAAACAGGCCCUUUGGUUUCUGUUCUUUCACUCCCAAAACCUGUAAUUGUUUUGGAUGCCACCUCUAACUCUAACAAUAAUAACAACAAACUCAGUGUAAUGUAAUAAGUAGGGUUUGGAGAGCGUAAUGUGUACGCAGACAUUACUCUUGUCUUGUGAAAGUAGAGAAUUGUUUCCGAUAGACCCUCGACUCAAAUCUAAAUCAAAGUAUUUCUCUUUCAAUGAAAGUAUAGGAGAAUUAGAUCUUUUUGGUCUUC